AGUGGUUUACCGUGUAGACUCCUUUGAUGAUAUCAGAAAGUUGUUGGGUUUUGCACACAUAACUUCUUCUUCGGGUAGCUGUUAUGAUCCUCCUUCUCAUGUUUACCUUGUUUUUCUAUUCAUUGUUAGUGGUGGAUUUUUCAUUCCAAUAAUACGUCGCCUAAGGCUUACACUGGCUAAAAUGAAUGA